AUGGCGAGCUUCGGUACCGCCGGCGCCAGCGCCGCGAACCAGAACCCCAACAAAUCCGUCGAGGUGACUCCGGCGCCUGGGGACUCGGUGUCCAGCCUCAGCUUCAGCCCCAAGGCGAACCACCUCGUUUCUACCUCAUGGGACAACCAGGUUCUGUGCUGGGAGGUCAUGGCUGGUGGGGCGUGCCAAGCGAAGGCCUCCAUUUCGCACGAUCAACCGGUGCUGUGCUCGGCUUGGAAGGAUGAUGGGAUGACUGUUUUCACAGGAGGCUGUGAUAAGCAGGUUAAGAUGUGGCCUCUGCUCUCAGGUGGCCAGCCCACGGCUUUCUCAGGGCAUGAGGCGCCUAUUAAAGAACUCGCUUGGGUGCCACAGAUGAAUCUUCUUGUCAGUGGGAGCUGGGACAAGACUUUGAGGUACUGGGACAUUAGGCAACCCCAACCAGUGCAUGUUCAGCAACUUCCUGAGCGUUGCUAUGCUCUGUCGCUUUCUUAUCCUCUCAUGGUGGUUGGCACUGCUGAUCGCAACAUAAUAGUCUUCAAUCUGCAGAAUCCACAGGCUGAAUUCAAGAGGAUUACAUCACCUUUGAAGCUCCAGACAAGGUGUCUUGCUGCAUUUCCUGAUCAACAAGGUUUUUUGGUUGGGUCUAUAGAAGGACGAGUCGGUGUUCAUCACGUGGAUGAGUCUCAGCAAGGAAAAAACUUCACAUUCAAGUGUCACCGUGAUGGCAAUGAUAUAUACUCGGUUAACUCAUUGAACUUUCAUCCUGUUCAUGGUACAUUCGCUACUACAGGCUCUGAUGGAGGUUUCAACUUUUGGGACAAGGACAGUAAGCAAAGGCUGAAGGCUUUUAAUAAGUGUCCAGCACCCAUCACAUGCAGUACAUUCAAUCAGGAUGGCUCUAUAUUUGCUUAUGCGGUAUGCUAUGAUUGGAGCAAGGGUGCUGAGAAGCACAAUCCUUCUACUGCAAAGACAAAUAUCUUUCUACAUAGUGUACAGGAAUCUGAUGUGAAAGGAAAGCCCCGUGGAAAGAAGUAG